AUGGGCAAGCGUCACAACAGGAAACGAACCCGAAGCCGUCCCCGGAAUCGCAAUAACAACAACAACAACAACAACAACAACAACCUCAAUAAUCAACAUGUCAACUCGCUGAAUAUUAAUACAACAAGCCCAAUUCCCCUCCACACCAGGAGCGAGUCCGUCAGCACUGCCUCUUCGACUCUCUCGCCAACCAGCUCCUGCUUCCAGCCACUGGGCUGCCCGCUGGCCAACGUGCCUGCGAACCACUGGCACCAGACGUACACGGCGUGGCAGACGCGCCUGCGCCUCCAGCGCGAGCAGGAGCAAGAGUUGGAGACGCAGCGACUGCGCAUCUUUGGAGGGCUGCCCGAGGACGAGCGGUGCCUCAUGGAGCCCAUGCUCAAGGUGGUGACGGAUCUCUUUGACGGCUUCUACGACUACGAGGACCCUUGA